GACAUUCAGCCGGCCGUUCGGGACGACGGGCUUUCUAGCCUAGAACUAUGGCCCAAUUUGUCCGUAACCUCGCGGAGAAGGCCCCUGCGCUGGUGAACGCUGCUGGCCAGUAAUGGGAUACAAACCCUUGACCUUGGCGUUAACGUCUGCUGUGACUUACUCGAAGCCUCGAUUGGCCACAUUUUGGUACUAUGCCAAGGUUGAGCUGACUCCUCCAACCCCUGCUGAGAUCCCUACAGCUAUUCAGAGCCUGAAAAAAGUAGUAAAUAGUGCUCAAACUGGUAGCUUUAAACAGCUCACAGUUAAGGAAGCUGUGCUGAAUGGUUUGGUGGCCACUGAGGUGUGGAUGUGGUUUUAUAUCGGAGAGAUCAUAGGCAAACGUGGCAUCAUUGGCUAUAAUGUUUGAAGACCAAUCUUGAACACCUGAUUAUAUUUGACUUUUUCUGAGUGUUCAUGGACCAUGUGUGAUCAAACUGCUAUCUGAAUAAAAUAAGAUGUGUCAAAAA